ACCUAUCCCUUUGCUUCAUCUUCCCCAAAGCUCCAAUUCCAAACCCUCUCACCAAAACCAAAAGCUUUAAACAGCAACAACAAACAAACCCUCUUUGACUCAUCCAACUUAUAAUCUGUAUGUGGGAUACAGCAAAGCAUCAAAAUUGCUUACAGGAGUUGUACGUGUUGCAUAAUCUCUUGUACAUUUUGUCAUCUUCUCUCUCAUUAAUCCCCAAAAACAAGCCGAACCGUUGAACGUUUUUCUCUCCGUUUCUCUCUCUCACUCUAUAUCAUCUAUCUUAUAUCUCCUCUCUCUCUCUGUAACUAAAGUGAAGGUUUUUACUCACUGUUCAAAAAAAAAUAAAAAAAAUCCCACCUUUUCCUUCUCCCUCCGCUUCUUUCUCUCUCUAAAAUUCGAUGCUUUUUUUGUUGUAGAGAGAGAAAGGUGAAGCAAACAAAAAUGGUGGUCGAGUGACUGAGAGCGACUGUGUUUUGUUUUUGUUUUCUUUUUGAAAUAAAAGUGUUUUUUUUACUGGGUUUAUACACCACCAUGGAUACAGUUGAAGCUACGAAAAUGGUGAUGUCAAGGAUCCAAAAAUUAGAUCCAGAAAAUGCUUCAAAAAUCAUGGGAUACAUACUCAUACAAGACCAAGGAGAAAAUGAGAUGAUAAGGCUGGCGUUUGGCCCAGAAAACCUUCUGGUUUCCGUCAUAAAACAAGCCAAAAAUUUCUUAGACAUUUCGUCGAAUGCUUCUUCUGCACCUUCGACUCCUUCGCUGUUUAUGCACCGAAAUUCCCCUCAAAUCAUCAUUCCCAACAAUGGGUUUCAUCACAUGAACCCAUCUUCGCCGAGUUCGCCUUGGUCUUUAUCUGGGUCUUUCCCCGAUCAUCAUCAUCACCGGGGUAGCCCUCGUCCGGCUUCUUACGCUGCUGUGGUAAACGGUGGUGGUUCUUCUGCUUCGUCGUUUUACAACAAUUUUAACGAUCCCACCGAGGAGUAUAGUACUAACAAUGGACUGCAAGUUGUUCCCGAUCAGCUUUCCUUCUUCGACGAAUCUAAAAAUGUCGACUUUAUAGACCCAAUGGUGAGCCCCGGUGGUCGUAGUGACUCGGUUCUCUUCCCCUACCCUAAUGAUAGUUCAAAUUGGUCUGUCGAAACGGGUAACUGUGGCGACUUGCAUCACCACCAUCUACACCGGAGGAGUUGCUCGGUGAACGAUGUUUUUCUUGGCGGUGGAGGCGGAAACGACGAUAUGGGUGGUGGCUGGAGACCUUGCAUGUACUUCGCUCGAGGGUUUUGUAAAAAUGGUACUUCCUGUAAGUUCGUUCAUGGUAACGGCGGUUUCGGUGAAGAACUAGGGCUCGGUUCAUCUUCACCUACAGCAGUCGUCGGUUCUCCCACCGGAAAAAUCGAUGCUUUCGAAGAUUUGCUUAGGUUUAAAGCCAUUCAACAGCAGCAGCAACGAAUUGCAGCCAUGACCGGAGGCGGAGUUCCUCCUUUUCCUUUCAACAGGUGCAUGAACUUUCUCAACGAGAAUCCUAGAUCAGCAGCAGCAUUGAUGAUGGGUGAUGAAUUUCACAAAUUUGGUCGUUGUCGACCUGAUCGGAAUGAUUUUUUAGGGUUUGGGAAUUCAAAUUCAAGUUCACGACAAAUUUACUUGACAUUUCCAGCUGAUAGUACUUUCAAAGAAGAAGAUGUUUCAAAUUACUUCAGCAUGUUUGGACCUGUUCAAGAUGUGAGAAUCCCGUAUCAACAAAAACGAAUGUUUGGAUUUGUCACAUUUAUGCUUCCUGAAACUGUCAAAGCGAUUUUAGCAAAAGGAAAUCCACAUUUUGUAUGUGAUUCACGGGUUCUUGUUAAACCUUAUAAAGAAAAGGGCAAAAUCCCAGACAAGAAGCAUCAGCAACAAAUUGAAAGAGGAGAUUUUUCUGGGUGUUUGAGUCCAACUGCAAUUGAAUCUGCUGAGCCAUUCGAUCAUAUCCCCUUUGGUGCACGAAUGUUUAAUCAUGAGAUGAUUUUGAGAAGAAAAUUAGAGGAACGUGCAGAAUUACAACAUGCAAUUGAAAUCCAAGAUAGAAGAAUGAUGAAUUUGCAGUUAAAUGAGCUAAAAAAUCAUCAGUUUCACCACAAUUUAUCUGCUUCUUCAACGUUUUCAUCAGAUGUCAACAAUGAAGAUGUUGUUUCUGGAGCAAAAAUUAGCACUGAAGAUGAUACAAAUUCACCGAGUGAUGAAUCCGAUCCAAAUGUGCCACCACCGGAAGUGAAGAAUGAUGGCGGGAAUAGUGGCGGCAAUGGCUCCGGGAAGGAGGAGAAAUCCGGUCAGAAUGAAACCGAUAAACAAGAAAGUUUUGAGCACAACCUUCCUGAUAACUUAUUUGCAUCACCUACAAAGUCAGCCGCCACCAACCACCAGACGAUUUUCUCGACUGACACCCCGGAGGCUGAAACCGGUGGUGGUGCCGCCACUACCCACCACCCUCCCACCUCUUCAACCGCCAUUGACAUGCGGGGUUCUAUCAAUUCAUGUUACUUCCAAAUGCCAAGAAGCCAUUAAAAUGUAGGUGAAUUUAGCAGCAAUGGUGUGAUCAUGGAGCGAUUUAACUUUGCUUGGAGUAGGAGCAGGAUUAUAAAAAAAACAUCAACAACAUCAAGAUUAUCAUCUUCAAAACCUCUCUCCCCAUACUACUUACAAUUAUACAUAAUAUGCAAUACAUAAAAGAAAACAAGGAUAGAUGAACUGAUUUUAUGGGAGUAGGGUAUCUUUCUUUAUUUACUUUUGUACCCUUCCCUUCAAACUAUGUGUUGGACCCCCUCCCCCCUCCCCCCUCCCCACCAAACACUCAUUGAACCAUGCAUAUAACAAAUCAAAAGAAAAGGGUAGUAGUGGUUAGCAACUUUCUCUUUUACUUAUGUGGUAAUUUCUUUUUCUGCCCUAGUAUGUUCAACUCUAUUGUAUGGUACAACUCUUAAUCCCUAAGGUACAACCAUUUUGUAUA